AUCAGUAGUGCCGAAGCUGCAGUGAUCACAAAAUGGCGAAAGUGUUGAAGUUAGGCCAAUUUGGUCAUACUUUUACUAGAGGAAUUAUGCAUGGAAAGGAGUAUAUUAAAACAGUGGAACAACUUACACAUGUUCCUAAUCCAAAAACUGAAAAACUCAUGAGCAUAAUAAGCCAUUAUGUGAUGUUGCCACUAUUUAUACUUCAUGGAAUUUACUGUUAUAAAAAACACCUGGAACAUGAGGAACAUGUAAGACGUGAGGGACUGCCAAAAUUCAUUCAUUAUCCAUAUUUAAAAAUUAUGAAUAAGCCUUUUCCUUGGGGAGAUGGUAAACAUUCACUCUUUCACUCAAAAACAAAUUAUGUGGUUGGCAUCGGGUAUGAAGAAUGAACUGUUUAACAAAAUUAAUAGUUUAUAUGUACAUAUUCAAUUUAUUAUAUUACUGUGGCAAUAAAAUAAA